AGUUGUCACAACUCGCAUCAAGUUGGUCGUAUUGGAAUAGUACUGGGUAGUGUAAAUUCGUAACAAAAUUUAAAAUUUGUAGGAAAAUUAAAAUGUAUACUGUAUCUAAGGGACCUAGCAAGAUUGUUGCUAAAACUCGGAGAGGUCUCUCGCAAAAUUUGGAAAGAUUAGACAGCCGAAAAGAUCAUAAUAGAAGGUCUUCUGACGCUGAUAAUGGAGAAAUUAUUAAUAUGCCGAAACCAAUUUUUCAUUCCAAUGGUAAAAAGACAGUCCAUCAAAGGAUACAGCACAGUGUUAUAACACCGCAACACGAGGAAAUAAUUAAAUAUAUAAGUGAAACUUGGACGCAAACGGCAAAUGGUGACAGUGAACCUUCAACACCUACAAGUACAAUAGGAUCUGGAAGCUCAUCGCCCACACUACCCACAAGCUUGUACUACCAAGACGAUGAACCAAGUCCAGUUCUACAUGACUUCAAACCCUUCGACCUUGAAACGUGGUGGGGCAAGCGACUCUUCCAGAACAUCACCAACUCUCUUUGAGAUAACCGGACCAGUUAUCGUCGGGGAACAUGAAAUUUUUCGGUAGUGUAAGUCACAACCAAUUAUAGUUUACUAAAUUUUAUGUGUGCCUAUAUAAUGCCAAAUAUUUUUGUAAAAUUUCAAGUAUUGAUACGAUUUGCCAAUUUAUCAUAUCAGUGAUUGAUAGAUUGUAAUAUGUACAGGGUGUGAAUUACGGCAUUUAUUUUAAAUGUUCUGUAAACAGUUUUAUCGUGUAUAUUUGUCCGGGUUCUAUGAAUUUAGUAAUCUAUAUUUGAUUGUGGAUCUCAGUAGGUAACACCUUUAUCUUUUAAGACGAAAUUUUCCAAAGCUCAAUAAUGUUUCCAUGUUUGCUUGAACCAAUAUUCUUUAAGAUUGUUUAUCGUGACGUUUUUUAUAAAGAUUUUAUGUUGUUAUGUAUGUAAGUAGAAACAUUCUCGAUCUACAAAUUGGAUACCAAAGACAUUGAAAAAAUCGUAUUUCUAUUAUUACAAUUUGUAAGUUUUAUCUUCUCAUAGCCAUUUAAUAUAAGUUAUGUAACGCAAUAUAACAAAUUCUAAUUUAGUAAAUAGUUAAACAACUAAUAAAAACAAUGAAUGAAAAUAGAUAACAAAGCUGUAUCCAAUUUGAACCGUAUUGUAUUAAAAGUAUUAAAAUUAUGAUUCCUUAGACAAUUGCAGCUGUGAUUCUGCCAGAUAUUUUAUCAUGCCAUCCCAUUUAUACAUCAUGAUUAUCAUGAUUCCAAUAGAUUCACGCUUUAAAUAUCUAUCAUUGUGCAGUUUUUAGCAUGUCCGACAAGUUUGUUUUGGUAAAUGUCAAAAAUAAGGACUAACAUUUAGUGUUACCGUGCCUAAAUUAUAUUGUUUCAAUUAUCAUGUAAAUUUGUAUAAUAAUAAAAUCAAACGCCUGAGCUUUAAAGGAAGCAAUAAUAAAUAAUAAAACUUUUAAAUCUGUCAUCUGGCUUAAGCUUUAGGUAAUUAACCAAAGUUUUAAAUGGAAUAUAACAAAACAUCAUAUUUUUUAUGGCAGCACUAAGUAAACAUCCUGUUAAUAAUCUUAUGCAACCUUGUUGGGCUUACAAUGGUAAAAAUGUAUGAUUUUACAUAUAUUUUUAUAAAAACGUUGCUAAGGGCAUGUGCAAUAAAAUAUAAAAGCCUUUGAUUGAACCAAAAGUAAAUUUGUUAAAGCCUUAUAAUACAGCAAUAAAUGUAUAAACAUGGUUCCUCAUAAAAAUACAGUUAAUCUAGUUAUAUCGUUGUAAAUGUAAGUAUGUUUAAAAUAGACUCAACUAAAUACAAUGUUAUUGACUAUGUAAUAAACAAACCUAUUUUAUUUGUUUAAAUUAAUUCAAUUCUAUAUUUCAAAUUUGUUAUUCAUAAUUUUUGUAACCAUUAUUUUUUGUAUGUUUAUGAAAUUCAAUGUUAUAUCUGUUUUAAAGAGCAAAUAGAUGGAUUCUUUUAUAAUUUUAUAAUUUUUUGAUUUGUUCACAUCACAAUUAUAUUACUAGUCAAUGAAUCAAAUAUUAAAAUAUAUUCCAUUUACACAUUUGCAUAAGUAUGACAUCGUCCAUGAAAUAAAUCACUAUAAUAUAGAUAUGGUAUAUGCUUCUCAUUGUUGAACAGUAUUCAAAUUAUACACAUGUUGUUAAGAUUGCUGUUGAAAAUCAUUGUUACAUUUGCUAUGCCCACGCUUGGAGCAAAAAUGUCUUCCAUAUUUAAAUUGGUUUACAAAUCUUAGGAAUAUUGGUGUACUCGUCGCAUUAGUCUAUGGUUAUUUAUAGCUGUAGAGAUCAUUUGAAAUUAUUUCUAUUAAUACAAGUUCACGGUUUAUUUAUUUUUCUCUGCGAUCACCAUAGACAUUUAUAGAUAAUUUUUUUUUAUAAUCACAGUGUUCUUUUCGUUUAUGAAUUCUCAUAAAUAAUAUUAUAUUGUUUUAUUGUGAAAUCUUUAAAUAAAGAUAGACAGGAUAUAUCAAGGCGAUAUUAUUUGUGCAAAGGAAGCACUGUAGUUUUUAUCCUUUUUAGAUGAUUUAUAUGAAAUGUAGUGAGAAUGUAGAAUAUUUUUAGACUGAUUUAGUUAUAAACGUUAUGUCUUUUGUUGUAGUUGAAUAAACAAUUAUUGACAAA